AUGGACGCCGCAAUCGUCACGUACGCGCGCAAGACGCGGCGCGGCGCCGUCCGCAAGGAGGUGGCCGAGAAGUACGUGCGCGACGACGUGGGCUGCGGCCUGCUGCGCGGCGCGCCCGUCGACGCGGCCUUCAUCGCGUCGACGGCGGAGGCCGCCCGGCGGGCCGGCGAGCCCUGCGGCUGGGUCGUGCCGGACACGAACGUCGUGCUCCACCAGAUGGACGUGCUGGAGCACGGCGGAGUCGACGCGACGCUCCUCGACCGGCUCAUCAUCUGCCAGACCGUGGCCGAGGAGGUGAAGCACAACGACCGCCAGCUCUUCCGGCGGCUGUGCGCGCUGCUCGCCGACGAGAGGCGGGACGUCGUGCUCUUCGCGAACGAGCACGUCGCGGGCUGCGCGCCCGCGCGCGGGCCCCGCGAGUCGCCGAACGACGCCAACGACCGGGCCAUCCGCAGCGUCGCGGCGACCUUCGCGGCGAUCUGCGGCGCGGACGGCGACCCGCGGCGCUUCGCGGGCGUCGUGCUGGUGACGGACGACGCCGCGUGCCGCGCGCUCGGUAUCAAAGAGCGCCUCUACGCGCUCGCGACGGCGGAGCUCGCGGGCCACGCGCCGGCCCUCGCGGACCUCGUCGCGGACCGGUCCGCGGCCGCGCCGCGCGCGGACCGGUCCGCGCCGCGGCCCAAGCUCUACGGCCCGCACGCGCCCAUGUCGGAGCUGCUCCGGGGCGUCGCCGCGGGCGACCUCGUCGAGGGCGUCUUCCGCGCGUCCCGCGGCUCCAGCUGGCACGGGAGCGUCGCCCUGAAGGACGGCGCGCGCUGCGCCGUCGACGGCGGCGCCGCGGUCAAUCGCGCGCUCGACGGCGACCACGUCUGCGUGCGCCUCGGCGCGCCGCCGGCCCUCGGCGCCGCGCCGGAGCCCGAGGACGCGGACGCGGCCGCCGCCGGCGCGACGCUCGCGGCGGACUGCGGCGACGGCGAGGCGCCGCCCGCGUCCGAGGUCGCCGGCCACGUCGUCGGCGUGCUCAAGCGCGAGCCGCGGCAGUUGUGCGGGUCGCUCGACGAGGCCACGGGCGACGUCCACGCGACGCGGGCGCAGUCGGUGCUCUUCGUGCCCGUGGACCGGCGCUUCCCGAAGGUGCGCGUCGAGACGCGGCAGCUCGCGCGGCUCGCGGGCAUGCGCGUCGUCGUCGCCGUCGACGCGUGGGCCGACGACGAGCGCUACCCGCGGGGCCACUACGUGUCGACGCUCGGCAAGCGGGGCGACAAGGCCGUCGAGACGGCGCUGAUCCUGCAGGAGCUCGAGGUCGCGACGGCGCCGUUCUCGACGGCCGUGCUCGCGUGCCUGCCGCCCGAGGGCGAGGCCUUCGUGAUUACGCAGGAAGAGGUCGCGCGGCGCAUGGACCUGCGCGCGCUCGACGUCUGCUCCAUCGACCCGCCGGGCUGCCGCGACAUCGACGACGCGCUGCACUGCGUCGGCCCGCUGGCCAACGGCAACUACCAGGUCGGCGUCCACAUCGCGGACGUGACGCACUUUGUCGCGUCGGGCUCGCCGCUCGACCUCGAGGCGGCGAAGCGCGGCACGUCGACGUACCUCGUGGACCGGCGCCUCGACAUGCUGCCCAUCCUGUUGACGGCGAACCUGUGCUCGCUGCGCGGGGGCGUCGAGCGGCUGGCGUUCUCCGCGUUGAUGGAGCUCACGCCCGCGGGCGACGUCGUCGCCGCGGAGUUUGCGAAGACGGUCAUCAAAAGCCGCGCGGCGCUGACGUACCACCAGGCCCAGGUCUUCAUCGACGACGCCGACGGCGCGCACGACUCCGGCCCCGUGGCGGCGUCCGUGCGGCGCCUGGCGAAGCUCGGCCGCGCGUUGCGCGCGAAGCGCAUGGCCGCGGGGGCCCUGACGCUCGCGUCGCCGGAGGUCAAGUUCAUGCUGAGCAACGAGUCCGACUCGCCGACGGACGUCGGGGCCUACCAGCUCGUCGAGGCGAACUCGACCGUCGAGGAGUUCAUGCUCCUCGCGAACGUCGAGGUCGCCAAGUUCCUUUUGAAGAAGUACCCCGCGCUCACGAUCCUCCGCCACCACCCGGCGCCGCCGCCCGAGCGCUUCGAACGGCUCCAGGCCAUGCUCGCCGCGCACGGCUUCGACCUCGACGUGGCCACGUCCAAGACCCUCGCGGACUCGCUCGACGCCGCGGCCAAGCCCGACGACGCCUACUUCAACCAGCUCGCGCGCAUCCUCACCACGCGCUGCAUGGCCCCGGCCAAGUACUUUUGCUCCAACGACAAGGACGCGCCGGACUACGUCCACUACGGCCUCGCCGCGGCCGUCUACACGCACUUCACGUCGCCCAUCCGGCGCUACGCGGACGUCGUCGCGCACCGCCUCCUCGCCGCGGCCGUGGGCUUCUCGCCGCUGCCGCCGGCGCUCGGCCGCGGCGACGCGAAGCCCGAGCUCGCCCGGGUCUGCGCGAACCUGAACCGGCGGAACAAGAACGCGCAGGUCGCGAGCCGCGAGUCCAUCGCGCUCUACACGCGGCUCUUCUUCAAGGACAAGCCGCAGGCCAAGGUCGCCGCGCGCGUGCUGAGCCUGUCGCCGCGGAAGAUCGACGUGCUCGUGCCGCGCUACGGCAUCGAGGCCACGCUCUACCUCGCGCCCAAGGCCGUCGACGACGCCGCGCUCGAGAAGGUCGUCCGCGCCGACGACGCCGACGACCUCGCGCUCGCGUGGACGGACCCGGGCGGCGCCGCCGUCGCGCUCCGCGUCUUCGACGCCGUCGAGGUCGACAUCUUCGUCGCGCCGCCGGCGUCCGCGGCGGAGGACGUCGGCUCGAUCCGCGUGGAGCUCGUGAGCCCCGCGCCGCCGGACUUCGGCGGCGAGCCCGCGGCGAAGAAGCGGCGCGUCUAA